CACUGCCUUCAAAAGGGCAUACUAUCCCAGCAUGGGCAUGAGCAGCCUGAAAUUGCUGAAAUAUGUUCUGUUUUUCUUUAACUUGCUUUUUUGGAUUUGUGGCUGUUGCAUUUUGGGCUUCGGGAUCUACUUCCUGGUCCAUAAUACCUAUGGAGUACUCUUCCGUAACCUCCCCUUCCUGACACUUGGCAAUGUUCUGGUCAUUGUGGGCUCCAUUAUCGUGGUAGUUGCCUUCUUGGGUUGCAUGGGAUCAAUCAAGGAGAAUAAGUGUCUGCUUAUGUCGUUCUUUGUUCUGUUGCUGAUUAUUCUCCUUGCUGAGGUGACCUUAGCCAUCCUGCUCUUUGUGUAUGAACAAAAGCUCAGCACCUUAGUGGCUGAGGGUCUGAAUGACAGCAUCCAACAUUAUCACUCUGACAACAGCACCAUGAUGGCAUGGGACUUCAUCCAGUCACAACUGCAGUGUUGCGGUGUAAAUGGAUCUAGUGAUUGGAACACUGGUCCACCAUCUUCCUGCCCAUCAGGUGCAGAUGUUCAGGGUUGUUAUAAUAAAGCACAAUCGUGGUUUCACUCCAAUUUCUUGUAUAUUGGAAUUGUUACCAUCUGUGUAUGUGUGAUACAGGUGCUGGGGAUGUCCUUUGCACUGACACUGAACUGCCAGAUUGACAAAACCAGCCAGGCUUUAGGGCUGUGACUUGCACCUACCCCCUGCUUAAGUGAUUUACUUCUCUCUACAAAGUCAAAGCACCCAUUCCAUGAGGACUUAAACAAUUACCUGUCUGCCUGGCAUUUUAGCUUCCUCUUAUUCCUUCUUUGACUGGAUCUCUGUCUUACACACAUCCAAGGAAGAGAAUAUUUGUCUUGGACUUCCCAUAUCAAGCAGAAGACAAAUAUUAACCAACUGAUAGCAAUAACUAUAUCUCUUAAAGAUGGUGAAACAUGCCUGGGUGAUUUCUUUUAAGAAACACUGUAGCACUGGUGGUUUGAGAUACACUACUAGCUGCAGGUGUGAAUAUAGUUCAUAUAUGGCCUGGCACAUGUGAGUCCUUGAGUUUAGUCCCAAAUACUACAAUAAAGAGGUCCAAGUUGAAAUGUUAGACUCUUAACAAUUGCCAAAUCAAUCUCUAGCCCCUAAAUCUUGUUACUUUCACUCUACAAAGUCACAUAAGGGACAAGCUGAAAGAAAAUUUGGAGUCCCACUCAUUAGAUAAUUGACAUAUCCAGUUUCCUUUUGAACAUAGUCCUUGGUAAUAGGAAUCAUACAGAGAUCUUUUAUCUCAGAAAAUAUUCCUAUUUCUUUGUUAAAAUGUCUUAUUGAUUUUGUUCCAUCCAUCCAUUCAUG